AUGAAUAAAAAAAAGAUUUUACUUGGUAUUGUUCAUAUGAUGAUUGUAGGAUUAAGUAAAUUAACAGAUGAUGAAAUGGAUAAAAUUCAUUAAUUUGAUGGUGUUCCAGGAAUGAUAAUAGCUAUUUUGAGAAUAGGAAUGUUUUUAUACUUUUUAUUCGGUUUAUAUUAGACACAUUAAAAUGCAAGGGAAAAAGUAAAAUCUUUUAUAUAUAAAUUCGGAAUUUUCGGUUCUUUAUUUUUUUUAUCUUUCCCUAUUAUACUCUUAAUUAGUAUGUUUAUAGCUCCAUAUAACUAACAUAGAUUUAUUACUAUAAGCACGUUAUUAAGUUAAUCUCUUGCAAUUGUUUUUAUGAGUAAAAUCUUCACUUGUAAAUAAGGAGAAUAUUAUAAUGCAUCUUUGUAAUCAUAAACAAUUUUACCUGAUUAUAAAAAUGAAUGA